CGCUGUCAGUCGCUCCUGCUGCAGCUGCUGUUGUUGCUGUUGCUGCAGCUGCUGUUGUUGCUGCUGCUGUUGCUGCUGUAGCUGCUGCAGCUGAUGCUGUUGCUGCUGUAGCUGCUGCUGCUGUUGUUGCUGCUGCUGUAGCUGCUGCUGCUGCUGCAGCUGCUGCGGUGCCGCCAAGGAUGUCGAGCUCGCUGCUGCUGCUGCCCCCGCUGGGGAUGUUUUGAUGACGUCCCUGGCGGCUCCCCCUGGCAGCUGAGCGGGGGGCUGCGUCUGCAGUGUGGCCGCGAUCCGAGCGGAGGGAGCGAGGGGGAGAGGGCAGCGGUCGGCGGAUGACACCACGAGAGCUCCUCGCGUCGUUGCCGCCCGGCGCGGCGCUCUGACGGCGAAGAAGGAGGAGGAGGACGAGGAGGAGGAGGUGCAGGCGAGGAGGAUCGAGAGAGGGCGAGCGGCAGCCGGCCGAGGAGGUGGCGUGGGGAUGUGAGGGCCCCUGAGCGGGGGGGGAGGGGGUUUCUCGACACGGACGGAGGGAACGUCCCGAUCAAAGCGUCCGCCUGGAUUUUCGAGUGACCCUCGAGACCCGAGUGAUCGUCUGGAUCGAAUGAUCGUCCGGAUUUUCGAACGAUCCUGGAGACUCGAGUGACCAUCGAGACUCCGAAGUAAUCAUCCAAAUUCGCGUGAUCCACCGGAUUACCACCAAGUCGUCGUGCGGACGUUCAGCGUUCAGCGGCGAUAUCUGCUGCCACCGGAUCGCCCCUCUCACCCCCCCCGCCUCUCGCCGUCCCACGCUGGCCCCCCACCCCGUCGGCAGGGCCCCCCCGUCGCGCGCGACCCCCAGGGUGGGCGAGGAUGAGCUGCCUGUGUGGGGGUGGCGAGGAGGAGGAGGAGGAGUUCUACUGCGAGGUUCUGCUGCUGGACGAGACCACGCUGCAGCUCACGUCCCAGCAGCACGGAGUCAAGCGGUCAAGUCGCGGCUCCGCGCUGCUGGGCCACGUGUUUGCUCACCUCGACCUCGUGGAGAGCGACUACUUCGGCCUGCGCUACUGCGACAGCGGCCACCAGACGCACUGGCUGGAGCCUGACCGCAGCCUGGGAGACCAUCGAGACCUCAUGGAAACGGGACCGCCGUUCACGCUGUACUUUGGGGUGAAGUUCUACGCGCGGGACCCCUGCCAGCUCAAGGAGGAGAUCACGAGGUACCAGUUGUUCCUGCAGGUGAAGCAGGACGUGCUGCAGGGGCGGCUGCCGGUGACGCACGAGGAGGCGGCGCUGCUGGCGUCAUUCGCCCUGCAGGCCGAGCUGGGCGAUUACGACGCGGCGAAGGCCGCGCCGGGCUACGUGUCGGCUUUCCGCUUCGUGCCAGGGCAGACGGCGGAGGUGGAGGAGCGGGCCGAGGCCCUGCACGGCACCCUCACCGGCCUCGUUCCUGCGGAGGCCGAGCUCCAGUUCCUGCGUCGCGCCCGGGCGCUCGACAUGUACGGGGUGGACCUGCACCACGUCACGGGUGAGCACCAGAGGGAGUACAUGCUGGGGCUGUCCCCGACAGGCAUAUCGGUGUACCUGGGCAAGGCACAGGUGGCACACUACUUCUGGCCCCGGAUCACGAGGGUCAACUUUAAAGGGACCCAGUUUGAGCUGCGCGUGAGGGGCAAGGAUGACAGCGAGACCUCCUACUUCUUCGAGUCAGCCACCAAGACGGCGUGCAAGCACCUGUGGAAGUGCUGCGUCGAGUUCCACACCUUCUUCAGGCUGCCGGAAGCGCGGGGCCCUGAGGAGAGGCUCGCCCGGCGCCUCGGCAAGAUGGGCUCGCUGGGCUCCCGGCACCACUACAGUGGCAGGACGGUGCUGCAGGUGGACCGGGAGCUGGCCAGCCGCCUGCCCCGGCCCAACCAGGUGGUGCGGCGCACGCGCAGCAAAACUUACCCCAAGCGGCUCCCCGCGGCGCAGCAAGACGUCAAGAGCCCGCCUCAGCAGAUGUCGCAGCGCGUGGAGGACACGAGCCGGAACGGAACGACCAAGAUCCAGGCGCCGGCGCCAAUCCGCAGCUCCCAGAUGCCCAAAGUGGACGGCAGCCCCGACGUUCAUAGGAACCGCCCCAGUGCACCCUGGGAAGAUGGCAGCACCAAGAGCGGCCUGUUCACCGCCCAGGCCGAGCGGAACCAGUCGCCCAAGUUCCCGCACCAGAGGCGGCGGAACCCGUCGGGGAGCGACGGGGAGCCGGGCCGCAGGGGCCGCAGGAGGCGCACAGGCGCGCAGAGCAGCGGCGACGACUCGGAGCCGUCGCGCCACCGCAAGCGAAGGUCCCACUCGCGUGGGGGGGCGCCGUCCAACGGCAGCGGCAACGAGUCGGAGGCCUCGGGGAAAGAUCGGAGACACCGCGGCCGGUCGCGGCAGGAGAACGAGCUGGUGGACUCGGCGCCGCAGUGGGAGGAGGUGCUGCGGCGCCAGCACGAGCGCAGCCAGAACGACCCCGCACACCGGCGCUCCCGCCACCGCUCACGAUCGCGCAGCCCAGACAAGCAGGCCCGGGAAGAGCUGUGGAAGCACAUCGAGAGGGAGCUGGUGGACCCCAUCGGCUACACGGAGGAUCAGCUGAAGGACAUCCCCUACACCAAAGUGGAGACGCGCGGAGACCCCGUGAAGAUUCGCCACUCGCAGUCGCCGCACAACUCCCGCGUCAACCACCGGCGCUCACACGCCUCCGAGGGCGAGCGCUCCGUGCUGGCCGAACUCCACAACUCGCGAUCCGACCUGGUGGAGCCGCUGCCCGUGAUGGUGGCACAGCGGCAGGCCCCGGCAGCUGCCCCUGCGGGACACAACCCCGGCGCCGGCGCCGUCGUCGCCGCCGCGAGGAAGGAGCGCGCCGAGCGACGCCGCUCGGGCAGCGACUGGAACGGCUCCAUCACCGACUGCGCCUCCAACCCCCGUGCGUGCGAAUGACGCGUGCAGACAACACGAGUGGGGGGCGGGGCCCCCCAGCACCACCACGGCACCCAGCGCUCCCCGCUCGGCAGCACUGAACUCAGCCCAGCGGCGGAGAACGUUCAAGGCGGGCGAGGGGGGGCAAGAGGGGGGGGCACCCUGGGCAAGGGGUGGGGAGAUGUACUGCGAGGGCGGUGCAGCAUGAUGAGGGAAUGACGGUGAUGAUGUUGUCAUGGGGACCGGACCCCCCCCCCCCCCCCCAUGGCUCCAGCUCGGCGUUGGAAUCCACAGGUUGACGAGGCCUCUGCGGGCAGGGCCGAGGCUCGCUGAGUCAGACGAUGGCCCCCAAUGAGGAGGCCGUGGGGCGACACGCGGCCCAGAGGACGGAGCUCACGGCGCCGCUCUGCAAGUCGACCGGGAGAAAUGUUCCCGCGCCCGGCACGCCACAUCCAGUAAUGGCACUCGCGCGCGACGGGCUGGAGCUGCUGCUUCUGGCUCACGUGCCGCCUGCUGCAGUUGACCAGCGACCUGGAAAACUGUCGGGAAGUUUCAGCCUUCGCCUGCGAGUGACUUUCGCGGGGUCACAACUCGUCGCUGCCGCCGCCACACUCCAUUAUUCUGUGAACGACGAAAACGCCCCCCCCCCCGCGCCCCCCCCCCCGUGCUGCACCCCCGACAGCGCCUCAGCACUGCGACGCUCCGGUCCGUGCCGCUCUGUCCCCCCCCUCCUCCACCAGUCCGCUCGUUCGCGAGUACCCAUGCUUGGCUUACGGAUAUGCAAAAUAAGCCGCUGCACACACAGCACGCACCUGAUGGUUGUGAAUCACCAGAAAGCUGCAAGCGCGGAGGGCCUCAAAGAACCGGAGUAGAGAAGUGUGGCUCCUUCACCACUGUGUGUGUGUGGUUGUAAUGUCAAGACAAACCUCGCCCUGUGCUGAAUCGGCCUUUGACUGGCGACAGCUGCUCGUGUUCAUGAGCAGUUCUCUUCAUCAGCAGCUAUGAUCACUCCACUGCUGGAUGAAGGCCUCCCGAACACCCCCCCCCCCCCGUCGUCGUCAUCUCUCGCUGGUCCUGUGACGUGGCGAUCCACCCAGCACCUGCACACCGCACGAGCCGAUUCGAUCGCUCCGCCUCCGUGGUGGACGUACCCUCGGGACACGUUCCCACCUUGGUCUUCCACUCCGUCAUUAGUCUCGACCACCGGCCACCGUGGUCCCUUCUGGCGUCGCGACGCGUGCUGCCCAAGCCCCGCGCUCACUUCUCUUCAGAGUCACUAUGAUGAUGAUGCUGUAUCUAACCUGCAUACGCUCGCAAAUCCACACGUCACGAUCGUUGUCUCGCGGCGGAAUUCCAGGCGUGCCUCUCUCUCUCCACACUUCUCAGCGCACUUAUCGGGUGUUUUACGUCGACGUCCGUAUUGACGAUCCAUAUUCCCACGGCAGGAGCAGUACGCACCGGCUGAACUCUCCUCUUGCCAGGACAUCGCUUGCACCGACGAUGUCAGCGUGCCGUACUACGCUGCCACCGCACGGCGCUCGCUCGCUCUCGCAGAGAGGGCGCGGCUCGAGGUGCGAGGAGCAAAGCACCGAUGAGCAGGAAGAGGCGGCAGCAGCAGCAGCAGCCGCGCGGUGUGAGCCAGCGGCAACACUUUCCCAAGCUCUGCGGUCCUCUGUGUUUUAUCAAGGUGUUACCGGCCAAUGAAUGAGUGCUCACACGUGGAAGGAAAACGAGGCACCCGGAGAAAGCCCACGCCUGCGUGCGAGGGGGAAACGCUCUAUCCCAUACCGAUGGGAGUCCGCGUAUUUUGCUCCACGACUUGCUCCUGGCGAGAUGCGGUUUGGAUCCUCCUCGACGGCCACGAGAGAAGGGAGCUCGCAACAUUCGCGCGGUGAUCCGCCAACCCUCGAUGCUGCCUCCACACCGCUGGAUGACACGCCACGUGCAUCUUGGCCGCCACCGCCUGGCUAACUGAGUUCAUUUCACUUUCACAAAAGCACUCGAUCCAGCCGGUUCUCAUCCGCCUCCCUGUUGUUGAUCACGGACAGCCUUCAAUCGCCAUCCGAGGUUCUCACACACUGCAGCAGCUCUGGCCCUGCCACACAUCUGUUCCCAUUCCCUGGCGAAUGCAGUAUUAUCAUCAUCACACCGGAUGGGUUCAAGCCCCUAAACUUAGCAAACAUGACCGUUUUUUUUGCUUUAGUUUAGUAGUUUAAUAGGUCCCGGUAAUUUAAACAAGAAAAAAAGAUACGUACGUUUUAUGUACACAUUACUUAUAUAAACAGUUUAUAUAUAUCGAGUGACAAUGUUAUAAAUGUUGGUCUCUUA